AUCCUUGAUGCAGUAUAUGUUACAACUUUUCAGUAUUUAAAAAUUAAGAAAAUGACAUCACACUGUAGAUGUAAUUAAUGAGCAGACAUCAAAGUAUUAAGGCAAUUUGAAAUAGAAUGAAUUCACACAAGUAUAUUUAGGAAUUUUCAAGCUAAACUUUGCUAUGGUAAAGGUACAAACAAAGUCAGCACGUGAUUGGUGGACAGACAUGGUUGCGAUCAAGGUUAGCAUACUACAAGGUAUUCUCUUGUACGACGACAUUAACUCUGUCUUCUCGAAAGCAACUACUCCUUUUGUGUCUUCGUUUCUCCCACUUCAGUACAAACAAAGUCAGCACGUGAUUGGUGGACAGACAUGGUUACAAUCAAGGUUAGUAUACCACAAGGUGUUCUCUUGUUAUGGCGUCAUUAACUUUGUCUUCUGGGAAGCAACUACUCCUUUUGUGUCUUCGUUUCUUCCACUUCG